AUGCCGAACCCUGUGGCUGUGUCCACCAAAGCCUUUACUUCUUCCAUGGAGUAUCUACGAAUUCCACCAUGCCUCCAGCUCCCAAAGCACUCGCUUCCUGCUCUUUACACAAGGGCGUCUCAGCCUUGGGUGCCUCCUCCUGUUGGGAGUGUAAAGAUAAAUACUGAUGCAGCGUGGGACUCCUCCUCUCUGUUUUGUGGUCUUGCGGCAAUUGCUCGGGACUCUUCUGGUAAAGUAAUAGGAGGCUCUGAUAAGAGUACUUUUGCUUCUUCUUCUCUGGCUGCCGAAGCUCAGGCGAUUGCCCUCGGGCUUAAGCUGGCCACCUCCCUCUCCCUUUCUUCUUUUCAGCUUGAAUCAGACUCCCUUGUCCUGAUUUCGGCGCUUUUGAAUCCCCUUUCAACGGUGGAUUGGUCAGCUUCUCACAUCAUUGCACAAAUUCGUGUCCGAAGCGGGCUGUUUCAUCGUGUUAACUGGCUCUGGUCCAGUAGAGUUGCUAAUGCAGCAGCUGAUCUAGUUGCAGUGCUGGCAAAACGCAGGGUGUGCCCGGAAGAUUGUAUACUCUUCAUAUACUAG